GUGCUGACACUAUUCCUGACCUUUAGAUUUCUUGGCAAUCAAGAUGAACUGAUGCACACGGUUUCUUUUUUAUACAGUGAACUGUUCGCGUGUAGAAAAUCUGCCUUCCUGCAAGUUGAACACUCUCUGUAUAUUAUCCAACCUGGUUGGUUGUAUUGUUCAGUCGGUGGAUUUGAUAGUUCAGUGUGGUCAUAUCAAUAGCACACCGGAAACGCCAGAUAAGCUCUUAUUUCACCARUGAACAUGUGACACCAUAGACAAAUUCAGUGACACAUUGCCCGCACGGCAAGUAGUUCUUUGUCGUAGAUUCUCGGGAUUUUCAAGAUGAAAGCGUUAUUUCUUGUCGUGUGCUUGCUGUUAGUGUCUUUUUGUUUUGGUGCUAUUACUUUCGACGGUUCGAAGUCAUCCUUUGCRCAAUUUCRCAAAUGGCAGCCUUCAAGUUCUUCUAGAGGUGUUGUUGGUASUCUGUCUUUACACUUCAAGACUCACUUAAAGAACUCUCUACUUGUUUAUCAAGACGAUGGAACAUCUGAUUAUCUAAGCAUAGAACUCAAAAAUGGAAAAAUACUAASUACCUUUGGUACUAUAAAAAACUCUGUUAGAGUCGAUAUUGGUCAAGACCUUGACGAUAUGAACUGGCACAUCUUGGUGGUCAAGAUAAAUAUCGACAGUCGCGUCACGCUUACAUUAGAUAAAUCCCUCACAAAAACUGCCAAUAAUUUAGCUAAAAACAAUGCUUUACUAGGUUCCUCGGGCUUUCUUUAUGUCGGGGGUUUACCAAGRUCUCUCAGUUUAUCAUCCUUAUCUUGGAUGGGAGCAGCUUUCAAGAAGGGUUUUGUAGGCUGUGUAAAGAAACUUAUGAUAACAAAUAACGAAAACAACCUGGAAAGAGCUGUUCUUAUCAAGUCAAAAGGCACCAAGAGUGGAUGUCUUAACGAAUGCCGAGUUCGAAAUCCUUGUUUAAACAAUGGAAAGUGCAUUAAUAGGUUUUCAAAAGCAAAGUGUGACUGCAGUGGUACAGGGUUUGAAGGAAAAAACUGUGAGAAAGAAAUACUAGAGCUUCAUUUGGCAAGAAAUGAUUACAUAGUCUACGACAUGUCCCGUAACCCRGCGGCGACCAAAUCCGAUUCCAUCCGYAUCAAGUUUAAAACCUCAAAGAAAAACGGUAUCCUUCUCAAGACGAGUUUUGGCAACGACUACGUCACCAUCCAACUCUCCAAAGGYUUGGUUGUGGUGGACUGGAACCUAGGAUCAGGUCAGCUCAAGCUCAUGGUACAAAAUAAAAAGGUCCACGAUAACCUGUGGCAUGAGCUCAGUAUUAAGCGCAGUAAAAGGACGGUGACUGUCUCCCUUGACAAGGGCAGYGAUGUGGAAGGCACAACUCCGCCAAGCCAUAGCACUUUCAACAUGCAUGGAGGGGAGGGUAAGGUAUAUGUUGGAGGUGACGGUGGAUCUAGUAAGCAAUUUCAGGGAUGUCUAAGAUGGGUGGCGUUUAACGGCGUUGAAUUUAUCAGUAAGUUGAAAGCAAAAGAUUCUAGGUUUAUUAUUCGUGGUAAUACUAUGUGGAACUGUCCAGUUCUUUCUACAACUCCCCAAUCUACAACCGCACAACCGCGCAUUACUACCACUGAUUCCAGACUACGAAACUGGGAGGAGAGAAAAACUGCUAAGCCGACGACAAAAYCACUUUUUAAGACCACCCGAAAAGCAACAAACAAACCAACAGAACCUACAACACAUUUGAGACAGUCAACCGAGUGUUCUCCUAAUGAUGUGCGUUGCAUCCUGGUUACACUUCCACCAACAGAGACUCAUAAAAAGUCAUCUCCAAAGGCCAAGUUAAUUACCGAUAUAUCAUCCAAAGAACCCUCUAAUACCAAAAUAAUUACAGAUAACAACGGAAACAAAACAACUACUGCAAAGACCCCGAAGGUAGAAGGUAUUGAAGGCUCAAAGGAUUUAGGAAAUGUACCAACAGCUAUCGGUUUAGUGGCCGGAUCGAUUGUUCUUUUCAUUGUCUGUGCAUUGAUAUCGAUUAAACUGAAGAGAAUGCGCGACCGGAAGUCGACUCAUGCUCACCAAAUCACAAUCGAACAAAGAGAAGUUGACGAAAUGCUUGAUACUAAAGUUUAUAAACCAGAUUCUUACGAAAACAAGAGUUGAAUGACAUUUUUAUAAAUUGUGAACAUUUUUUUAUUCUCUGCAGUCACUUGCUGAAGUCUUGUCCAUGACCAAAUAUCAAUAUCGGUUGCCAUGGAAAUACACUUWAAUGUAAUACAAUUUAUUGAUUGGGCGUUUUCCAUGCCUUUUCGGUGUAAUAUGCAUUUUUACACUUUGACAAUUAUACUUUGUUUCACGGGAUGAAAAUCUCUGUCGCGUUCACAUUGUCUUUUCAAAUUUGGAUAGGUUUAGAUAGGGAUUACCUAAGCACAGCUGGCAAAUGUGAGAGAACUGAAAAGUGUAGGCAUACUGUUUAAAAUACUAUUCGUUUACUGACUAUGAGCUUGAUAUAUUGAUAUAUUUUCGAUGGUCAAGGUUUUCGCAAGGCUGUAGGUGUGAAUGGGGUCUAGACGGGUAAUAUAAUAUAUAUAUAUAAUCAUAAAAAACUUACAAACAAGAACAAAAAAAAAAAUACCCUGUGUGAUGUUGGUUAUUUGCAAAAUCAAAAUGGCGACAAUCUUUGACAAUUUUACAAUUCUCUGUGUUUUGUUCAUAGUACGAAGAAGUAAAUAAAUAAAAUCUUUUCCGUUGAUUGAAUUUAAUAAAAGAAAUGUAAAAACUCUAAAACUGUGCUAUUAAAAAACUUCACAUGAACUUGCCGCUGACUCGUCGCUAGUCAKCCCCCCCUCGCGCGCAAAAAGCAUACUUCCGUCAAUAGUUCAUGGCGACCUAGAGAGGGAUACAUUUGACUCACAGACGUGAUAUAUCCUUAUGUGAAUAUUGAAAUAAAAACAUCAAGGUAGUCCUCA